GAAUUUGAAUUCAUACUCCCGAAAAAUAGAUCCUUGGUUGAAAUUCAUAGAACCUUAUAUGAAUUAAAAAAACAAAAACAUUCCGCGUAUUAAAAGCAAUGAUUAGAAGACAGUGAACAAAGAUUGAGCCAGAAGGGAAUAUCCGUAAAGAAGUCCAUCCAGCGUUUUUCCCAUUUUGGUGUGUCGUUUGGUGCAUUCCUCCCAAAUUUCCUCCAUAAGCAUAACAAAAGCACUUAUUUCAUUUUAUUUUUAGCCACUCCAUUUUUCAUUCCAUCCACGUUGACUCCAACAAAAACAAACCCUAGCUACCCAGCCACGAAUCAAAUCAUCUUCUCAUAUCAUAUCAUAUCAUAUUUAUUACAAAUAUAAUUUUAUUAUAUCGAUGGGGAAACCAGCAGGGAAAAAGAGGGAUCAUGAAUCACCAAAAUCAACGACCCCGACCAACAAAAAGGGUUACGAGCGUUCUUCAUCAUCAAAAGCCUUAGAUGACGACACAGCAAUGUUCAUCAACAUGUCACAAGAGCUCAAAGAAGAAGGUAAUAAACUUUUCUUCCAAAAAAAAGACCAUGAAGGCGCUAUGUUAAAGUACGAAAAAGCCCUCAAACUCCUCCCCAAAAACCACAUCGAUGUUGCACACCUUCACACAAACAUGGCCAUGUGUUAUAUGCAAUUGGGCCUUGGCGAGUUCCCUCGCGCAAUUAACGAGUGCAAUCUUGCUUUGCAAGUUUCGCCUCGGUAUAGCAAGGCUCUUUUGAAGAGAGCAAAGUGUUAUGAAUCCUUGAAUCGGUUGGAUUUGGCUAUGAGAGAUGUUAGGGUUGUUUUGAAUGCCGCGGUUACUAGGACUGUGAAGUUGAUAUAUGGAGAGGAUAUAAGGUGGGCGCAAUUGCCUGUGAAUUGUAGUAUGAAGAUGGUGAGGGAUGUCAUAAGGGAAAGGUUUCCCGGGUUAAAAGGUGUUCUUGUUAAGUAUAAGGACAGGGAAGGUGAUUUGGUUACUAUUACUACUACUUCUGAAUUGAGGCUAGCUGAGGGUUGUCAUGUGCUUGGCUCGAUUCGGUUAUAUAUUACGCAGGUGGAUUUGGAUCAGGAGCCGUGUUAUGAUGAAAAGACGAGUAGUGGUAAUGCUGGUGAGAAUGGGAUUGCAGAUGGAGACAGGGGUGUUGUGGCUAAUAGGAUGAUUACUGUUGAAGAUUGGCUUGUUCAGUUUGCGAGGCUGUUUAAGAACCAUGUUGGGUUUGAUUCUGAUUCAUAUUUGGAUAUUCAUGAGGUUGGGAUGAAGCUGUAUUCGGAGGCGAUGGAGGAUGCAGUGACAAAUGAUGGUGCUCAAGAGCUGUUUGAUAUUGCUGCAGAUAAGUUUCAAGAGAUGGCUGCUUUGGCUUUGUUUAAUUGGGGGAAUGUUCACUUGUCAAAGGCGAGGAGGCGAGUGUCUAUUCCAGAAGACGGGCCGAGAGAAGCGUCUUUUGAGCAUAUUAAGGUUGCAUAUGAGUGGGCUAAGAAGGAGUACAAGGAAUCAGAAUUGAGAUAUGAAGAAUCUGUGAAAAUAAAACCGGACUUUUAUGAGGGACUCCUUGCUCUUGGGUUUCAGCAAUUUGAGGAAGCAAAGCUGUGCUGGGGUUAUUUAAUUGCAAACAAUAAGAAAUUUGAAGUUGGUCCUUUCGAAGAGGUUCUACAGCUCUAUAACAAGGCAGAGGACAGCAUGGAGAAAGGGAUGUUGAUGUGGGAGGAGAUUGAAGAGCAGCGUUUGAAUGGACUAUCUAAAUUGGAUAAAUAUAAUGCACAGUUAGAGAAAAUGGGUUUGCAUGGUCUUUUCAGGGACGUUUCUUCUGAUGAAGCCGAUGAAAAGGCUUCAAAGAUGAGGAUACAGAUAUAUCUUUUAUGGGGUACCUUAUUGUAUGAGCGUUCUGUUGUGGAAUUUAAGCUAGGACUACCGACAUGGGAGGAAUGUUUGGAGGUUGCAGUUGAAAAGUUUGAACUGGCUGGAGCUUCUACUACCGACAUUGGUGUCAUGAUAAAGAACCAUUGUUCUAAUGAAACUGCAAUGGAAGGUACGGGGUUCAAAAUUGAUGAGAUAGUGCAAGCAUGGAAUGAGAUGUAUGAUGGGUGGCAGUUUAAUGUUCCAACUUUCCGACUCGAACCAUUGUUUCGUCGGCGUGUUCCAAGACUCCAUGAAACCCUGGAGCAAUUUUAGGUUUUCUUCUUGAGUUUGUCAUUCUUUAUAGAGGCAAAAUUAGUGCUUCUAUAUUCUUCCUUAAUAUUUUUGAAGGCUUCUACAUUCCAUUCCAAGACAGGGAUUUUUUCUUCAUUUUUUUCAACUCCAUGAUGGGUGCUAGGAUUGAAUUAUUUUUUCCGAUGUCAGUUUUGUACGAGGUUGGGAUAUUUGGGCCAUAAAUUCUGGUUAUAGUAUUUGUUUUCUUCUUUGUUCCGACGGUGUCAUUUUUGCAGUUGUAAAUCAGCACGUGAUUCCAUUUGUUGGUUUAAGGUAAUGGGUGAUUGGAUUUGUUCAGUUUGCAAAAACAAUAAAAAAAUUCAGCUUGUUGGGGUUGGUUUGAUUAUUUAAUUUGUGUAAACUGUCUUUUAUAGCAUUCUUUUUCUUGUUGUAUAUCACACUACAUUUGUCAUUAUAUUUGUCGUUAAUGUCGUACCUCGCCUUGGAUUUCCAUGUUUGAAAAACAAGUAGGUAGUUCAUAUGGGUCCCUUCUUGAAAAGGUGCAUAUUUCUUUUGUUUUGUUGAGUAUUUCAGCUGAAUUGUCCAUGUUUUUCAUUUUAUUUAGUAAGAUUUGUUGACGUCAUUGUUACAA